UAUAUAGAUAUAUAUUAAUAUUAUGUAUUUUAUAUAUGUAUGUUCUUACCAAUAGUUUUCUUCAUAACGCAAAUUAUCUGGACAUUCGAGUAAAAUAAUGGCGUUAACGGUGAUAACUUUCCAACAAUAUGAAAAAAGCUAAAGAAAAAAUCGUGUACGAAAAUUUUCUUUGUGAAAGGUUGUUAACAGUUUGUUAAGCUGUUUUAGUCUUCUUUUUGUAAUCAAUUUAUUUCAACAUUAUGAGUUUUAAUUGAAUUGGACCGGUAAAUUCAUCUUGUGACCGUAAUGCAAAUUUAAGUUUCAGUGCUUAUGAAAAUAAUCAUAAUGUGAUAACGACUGACAGUGAGAAAAAUUUAGGCUAGAAAAUAUGAUUGUUCUAGGAAAAUUAGAACGGCUGAUUGUCAUACAGUAAAUCGACGCCAUUUUCACGGUUCGAUGAACUACCCCUAUUAUCAAGGAUAUUCGCUAUUAAGCGAAAGAUGUUGUCGAGCUAAACAUUCAGAUCUUGAGAUUUAUAGGAAAUAAUCUGAAGAAAAAAAAAAGAGAUGCACGUGAAGGCAUAAAAAUUAUAAAUUCUCUGCCUUAUGCCACAUUCAGUACGGUAUUGCAAUAUGUUCAUCGUCAGAUGUUGAGCAGCAGUCAAAAUGCGGCUGAGACUAGAAGUGAACAGAAGUCGUCAGCUGAGCUGGAAAAUGAAAAUGCUUUGGAAGAAUUGGAACAUUUGGUUGGCAUACCCCGCCCCGACUUCUUGUUGCUUAUAAAGACGUUUUCCUAUAUUUUACGAAGAAUUAACACCUAUAUUAUUAAACCUUCAUUGCUGCAAGCGGAAUUGCGUGAAAAAUUGAAAUUGCAAGAUGACGCCAAAAUAGACGCCAUUGUCCGACUUUGGGUUAGACAAACUACUCCUAUUAUGAAUAAUUUGGCGGACGAGCGCUAUGAGUCGAAUGAAAUUGCCGACGUAGCGUGGAAACUGAACGUUGAGAUUUCCUCGCAUUGUCAGCAACGUGAAAAAUCUCCUUUAGCAAUUCUUCAACUAAAAACAGGAGCUGGCGAAGACAUCACUUUGGAGAUGAAUCAUGCAGAAUUAUCAGAACUAUAUCAUCAAUUUGAAUGCAUCCAAAGCGAGUUGGAUGCAAUAUGGUCCCAAGAACACUUACAAAUCAAACAGAACACAAAAGAAAUUUGAUGGGGUGAGUGUAGAGAAAAAGAUUGAGGAGAAAAGCAUAAACAGUUAUGUUGUUUAAAAUUUAUUUAAAAAUUAAACUAAGAAUCUGCUAGGAAUUGAAAAGUGUAUUUAGUUUGAUUCUCUAUAGGGAUCAAAAAAUACUUGCUAGAAUUAUCUCAUUCUGGCUCAAAUUAUUCAUUGAAUUUCUAUUUAUUUGAGUUUAUAAGCGACAACCGAUUAUUUUUUUACGACCGAAUUUGUGUUGAUUUAUGGUUGUAUGCUGAACAUACUCAACCAAAGCUUUUGUGAAAUUAUUUUCUUAAAUAGGCUGAGAAUAACAGGAAAAAAAGAAACCAAACGAAAACAAAUAGAAGUAAUGAAAUGAAAAAGCAAUGUUUACCUUCUAAUAAGGCUGUCAACGGUGUUUUUGGCAUCCCCUUUAGUGCCAAUAUUCCGUGGCUAUUCGGAAUUUAUAGAGAUGAAAAUGGUCUUAAGUCCAGCGUUCUGAUGCUUAUACAUGCAUUUAUUUGUAUAUUCACUGAAUAUGUCUAAGUAUAUUUGUUUAUAAUGCUUAUUUUGUAAUGUUAAAUUCUUCAGAUGCACUUAAGUUUUUCCGCCAUCGUUUAGCUUGUAACGUAAAAUGAGCUAAAAUUACGAAUAAUUACAACAAAAAAGAUUAUUUAUUUCAAAAAAGUAAAGAAACGAAACGUCCGAGUCGCUUCCACUAAAAGCGUCAAUUUGUGACGCCGACAUCCAUUUUGUCUCUCCUUACAAUUCGCACUUUCCUUCUUUAUCUCAGCAAAGACAAGGGGAUGGUUUCUUAUUAAAGACAUUACUUUUCAUAUAUAUACAUUCUUCUUUUUCUGAUUUUAUUACUUUUUGUUUUACUUAUAUCAAUGUUAGUUGUAUGUUAACCACAGUGCGUAUCUUAUAACCCAUUUGGUUUUAAUUAUUUAAAGAGAGACGUAUAUAUAUCAAUAGUAAGAACUAGUGCGGGGGGGAAAGAAAAUUACAAAAAGCAUAUAAUAAUAUCCAAACUACAUAAGUUCCGCGCACCCUUCCAAAUCACGUACAAUGGACGUAUUACCAGGUGGUGCCGGCAUAGCGAACGUUUUAACUAUAUUUAUCACCUAUAUAUUUGAUUAUCGUCUUAUCUUGCCGUAAUUUUAAAAAUGCAGCAUUAAGCUUCCUGGCAGCCGAUAUUCAGCCAAGUUUUCAUGUUCUUGAAAUACGCACUCAUGAUUUUAUUGCGUGACAUUAUUGAAUUUAAUUCUACCAGUACAAAUUUUUCCUUAUUCAUAUAGCACAUCGUACUGAUAUCGACCACAGAAAUUGGAAUCUGUUAAGUAAAUGCCAACUUAAUAACAAUACCCGGAAAGUCCUGAAGGCUAUCAGGCAGAUCAUUUAUGAUGGUACUGGGACGGUUUAACCGUUUGUGAAGAACAUUUAGAAGCAUGGUUGAUUUCAGCUUGUUGAAUUUUGUUAUUAUAAUUGACGAUAUUGGGUUAAGGCCAGCUAAGAUAGUAUCAUGUGAUGCGUUCAGGGUCUUGUGAAGUCUUAAGGGUAGUUGUUAGAUUAUCAAAUAUAGACGGUAAGCUUCCCACAUCCACAUAACAAGCCAGAUUACCAUCGCGACGUCCAUUAGCAGUAAUUUUAUUUUUGCACGGUGUACAGAUGUACGAACGAUAUGAGUCCGAAGGCGGAAGUUUUCUUAUAUAUGCUUUUUAAAGAUUUACUAACAAUUGUUUGUUUAUUAUUGAGUUUGUCUUAAUUAUUGACUGGAUCUGAAUAAAGAGAUCUUAUUUAUUGUAUCGGUAUUACUGAAAAAAUACUUUUGUUUGCUUUUCUAUUAACAUAACUUUUUAAAUGUUAUGUGUUAUGGCUAUUAUAAAGAUAUAUAAGGUUGCAAGUGCUAAUGUAAAGUAACGUAUUGGAAAAUUUUCUUUUUCAAGCUCUUAAAAAAAAAACUUAAUUAUGUUACGCAUUAAAAGUAACGUUUCGUAUUAUUUUAUUAAUUGACAGUUUUCGCUAUGCAUUUACGUACCUAUCUACGUAGGGUCUUUUUGCUUUUUUUUUUUUUGCCCAUAUUUUCGAUUUCUUGAACAUUUAGCAUAUUGCCUUUCCCCGAAUCACUUUUCUAGUGCAUCUAUUUCUUUCCAAUGCUUGGAAGCGGUAUGCCAACGGAUGGAUUAGGUUGGCUGAUGCUGACUUGACGCUUUAAAUAAAAUUAACGCGUUUUCACGUCACUUUAUUUCUCCGAAACAGUGUCUUUUUUCAUCGUCAACUCAUUACAUAGCUAAAUAAUAAAAUGAGGAAUGAAAUAUAUAUAUAUAUAUAUAUAUAAUGCAGGGAAAAGGAUUAAAUUGACAUUAAGUUUGGGUCCACUACAAAUUGCCACAACGACAGGCUGUCGCUUGCUGGUUGACCUUUAUCUGUCCCCUUCGCAUUUUUCAUUUCAUUUCAUUUAGUUUAUCCUAAUGUAACUCUCAUCAUAUAGAAAAAAAACUCGCAACUAACAAUUUUGUGUAUAACUUGCACAAAAUUGAAUAAAAAUUAAUUUAAUGACUCUAAGACGUGUUACUUGAGUGACGAUUCUUGAGUAAGAAGGCAUUGCUUAUGUUGCCACAUCCUUGGAAAUUUGUUCUUCUGCUCUCUCUAUUUCUCACUCUCAUAAAUCUAUUGCCUUUAUCUCAUUGAAAUGCAAAAUUUUAUUUGCGCAAUGUACAUGAGAUUUACUUAUACUAUUCAUAUAAAAUUCUAUGCACAUUGCACAUAAAUCUCUUUCUCUCACAUUAACUUAAUGACUGUUUCCAUGUUUUAUGUUUUUCAAAUAUCAAACGUUCAAUAAAUAUACCGCGUAUGCAUCGUUAACACAAAAAAGACUAAUUUGAACGCAAAAAGAAUUUAUAUUGAGUGUUUCCUGUCAAUAUCGAGCAUUUUCUAUUUUUCGUAGACAUAGGUACAUGUAUUUCCCCGAAAAUUAAAAACAAAGAAGAAUACGGUUGAAUUAGAAAAUGUCAUCCGUUUUCAUAUAUUUUGCGAAGGCACCUUUCAAGCACAAUCAGAAAUUGGAAAUCGCUUUAUAUUUAUCGCAAAGGUAUGCGUACGUGAAGACAUAUUUUCCUAUAUAAAUUUAAUACUUGAUAAUGUAGUUAGAGCUGGGGCUGAAUUUUUUUCUCUCUUUGACCAGCUCAGCUAAAUUUGCAAAAAAAAACAAAAAGAACAAUUAGGGAAUAAGUAAAACGUACAUCAAUAACGGCAUGACGUAGGUAAGUAGGUUAUUAUCUUUUCUUUUAUUUCCAUUUUUUUUUAUUUUUUUUUUUUAUAUUUAAUUUAAAACAACUUCGCUAAGAAACGAAACAAUUCUUUAUAAUUCAGGUUUUCACAACACCACUCCUGUGGUUAAAGCUCGACUCCCUUUGCGAUCAGCAAACGAGAGAAAAACCACCACCGAAUUUCUUCGCAUGAUUUUUCUCUAUCUCUGCUCUUUUACAUACCUCUAACGGCAUGCCGUUAUUAUGACAUUCGUGGUAAAAGGGAAGUGACAGAUAACCUUCCUGAAUUUUGUUCGCGGACGUUACAAAUUUUUUUUUUUCUUCAAAGAAAUGGUUUAUCUUAAGUCUAGCUUAUUCAAUAAACAGCUAAACCCAAUAAGUCUUUUUAUUAUUAGUUUUUAUCUUCAUAUAUUACACUUCCUGUUGCAUUGAGUCUUCACGUUUUAAGCUUCUUUUUUUUUUUUAACUUAUGCUUAUAAACUUUUAAACUUUUCUUGGCCAUGUAUCUUCUAACAUUUUUUGGCGCACUUUCAAUCGCUUGCCUUCAUCGCAAUUUUGUUCCCGACUGCCU